AUGGGUCAAACAGAAAGUACACAAAAGCCUCAACGAGAAGAAGCAAUUUAUAAACGAACUUCACAAAAAUAUUCUAACCAUGUUUUAUAUGAUAAGAUUUCCAAUGAUAUAUUGAAUAAAAAUUUUUCAAGUUUGGAAACUUAUUCCUUAAUGAGUACUUUUGAAAAUUUAUCAUGUCUAAAAGAUGAUAAAGAAGUUAUUGAAGAAGAGGCUUUUCUAAAAUAUUUGGGAUUUCCCAAGGGAGCAAAAAUCGGUUCCUUAUUAUAUCGUUCAUUUAUAUAUUUAGCCACUUAUCCAUCACCAGUGCGUGGAGAGAACCUUUUGACACUCGAUGGACUUAUAAAGGCUAUCGCAGUAUACUGUGAUAAGAUUCGUGAUGUUAUAUUAGAAGACCGUGUCAAACUCAUCUUCAAAUCUUUUGCUAUGCAUGGAGAACACUCCGACUCCGGAAUAACAUCGGACAUUGAAAACUCGUCUCGUGAUACUAACGACGACUAUGAUGACAAACCAACAUUAAAGAUUAGUUCUAUUGACCUUGAUGACGACGCCGCAUUUUUAAGAGCCCUCGGGUUUACUAAAAACGAUGAUGAUGAAACUCAUCUUGUCUCCAAAAUACCAUGUACCGAUAUGAUAGAAAUCCUGGCAGGGUUAGUUUGGAUCGUGACGAUUCCUAAUUCUUUAAGUUCGUACAAAUCAAAAGAAUUCGAAUCUUUAAAUAGCAUUAAACAACUUCAUGAAGUUGUGACUCCUAUCGUUGAAAAUAUGGCAAGAUAUGAUCCAAAACUUCGCAACCUUUCUCGUACACAAAUCUUUUCCUCUCAAACUUGUAUAAAAUGGACAAUAUUUGACGAUUUUAUGCGACGUAAUAUUCCAAAUAUUUUUAGAGAUUUCAUCCCAUUCUUUUAUGGGCAAUUCUUGAUUGGGCUGACAUUGUCGCAACACCGUCAAGAAUCUAUAAUAACGAGUCCUCAUUUGCCAGAGUUGGAUGGAAAGUCUGAAAGUUUGAAUCCUUCUAAUUUGGCUUUAUUGAGUUGGAUGUUACCGGAAGAAACUUUUAAAAAAAAAAAAUGGAAUUGCUUAUAUUCGGGAAGUAUACAUGGAUUUAGCAUGAAUCGAUUUAGCAGCCACGUCUUUAAAUAUACUGGACCUACACUUAUGAUAAUUCAUGCCGAGGAAAAUAUCUUGAUUGGUGCUUACAUAACAGAUAAAUGGCGUACUACACCCUCAACGCGUUCGUGUUUCGGUUCUGUAAAAUGUCGUUUGUUUGAAUUAUAUCCUACGUUUGAAUCAUUUCCCGCAUCUCAACGUAACACGAAUUACGUCUAUUAUAAUCCAACAUUUGGAAUAGGAUUUGGCGGUAUCGCUACGUCAAAAUCAACAAGUAAAAUUGGAUCAAUGGACACAAAUUCAUUCGUGAUGCAAUUGGAUAACACUUUGCAAAAUGGAAGGUACAGGAAUGAUGCACUUAAGGGUACGGAACCAACUUACAGUUUAAGUGCUACGAGAACGUUCUUUGAUAAGAGUUUUGAAGUUUUGGAAAUUGAAGUGUUUGGAUUGGGUGGAGAAGGGGUUAGAGAGAAACAAAAGAGAGAAUGGAUGUGGGAAGAACGGGAAGCUACAAAACGACAAUCAUCGAAGAAUUAUAAAUCAAACGAAGUCGAUAAAGAAAUUCUAAAGGUGAGUAUUCAAUUUGAUGAGAUUUGA